AACUGCUGCGUUGUCCCCACGGGGAGGGGGUCGUUAAGGCAGGCUGGCGGAGUGGGAUGGGCGGAAGGGAGAGAAUGGAUGUGCCGAGAGUUCGAGGAAUCCUAAGGAGCCAAUAGAAGGGAGUGAAAGGGGAGCAGAGUCGAGGGUCGAGAAUAGGAGGGGUUGCCUUGGCCUUAGAAGGAAGAAACCACAGGGCUGCCGGGCCAACUCGCCGGGUUAAAGGAAAUGUCAGUAUGCGGGCAGUGGGACUAAAGGGAGAGAAGAAGGGCGGGGCAGGAUAGAGCCAGGUGGGCGGCCAUGAGGAGGCUGCAAAAUGAAAUGCCCUCAGAAAAAGUGUGGGUAGCCGGAUAUAUUCUGAGAAGGCGGAAUAACCUCUUGGGAGUGCGUGGAGAUGGGUGGGACACCAGUAAGUUAAGGUGCAAUUUGAAUUAGGGUUUAUUCUAAAUGGCCACUCUAAACCCCUGGAAUAUGUGAGGCAUUAAAUCAAAAAGAGAGUGCAUCUGUGCAUGUGUAAGAUGCCAGAAUACCCUGGCCAGUCCUGAAGACUAUAGCCAGCCUUCACCUUUCUGGGACGGUUUGCUUUCUGAUUUGGUUGCGACUUUUGGGCUGCUGUUACCCCGAUAAUUUUCAAGUUUGGUCCAAAGCUACAAUCCUGUGCACACUUAAGACUUCCGGGAAGGGUUGUUCUGCCUGUGCUGCCUCUGAGCCGAGCUCUUGUCUCAGAGGAAGCUUUUUCAGCUUCAAAAUCAGUCAGAACGUCUUUUUUGACUGGUAAAGAUUUUCUCCCGGUCAGGGAGAAACGUGAGAUUAACCACAAAGCCUGUUUUUGUGGGGAGGACUGGAUUUCAUUUAUUUAUGAGAAAAGGUUCAAACUGCAAUGUCGGACGGACUUUCAUCAAGCUCUAGCUGAUUAUAGCGAUACGUUUAUCUUUUCUUCAAAGAAAAAACGGAUUUUAACAGGCAAACAAGCAUCCUUUCUAUUUUCUUUUUUCACUUGGUUUAAAUUGGUGCAGUUAAAAAAGAGAUUUGUCAAUGAAUCAGCUGUGAAGAAUUCCUAGGUGAGUUAUGGCUUUUCUCAUUCACUUACGAAAUUAAGGAGGAAAGAAAUCGAAAAAGCUUAUCUUUGCUUUUAUCGCAAAAAGCUGUCCUGGAGGUGCAUUCUAAAGAUACCAACGGAAGAGGGAUUUCUAUUUCGAGGAGGGGGAAAAAACUUUUUUUGGUCUAUUUCAUUUUGACGAAUCUGCUUGUUCACGAUGCCACUAAUUGUCUUGAUGUUGGGAACUAAGUUUGUUUUGUAUUCCUGAACACAUAGAGAUAAGGCAGGCUGUACUGUCUACACUGAUAUCAGCAGCCUGUAAUAUUAACCCAAUUGCGGCUGAAAUAAUUUUUGUUUCUGUGAUUUUAAGAAUGGCAACCAGGAAAGUGAUUGAGACCAUGGAAGAAAUUAUGUUUCAGAAAAUAAUGGAUGAGAUUGAGAUAACAAAACAAACCCUGAGACAGGGCAGACAGGAGAUGAAAAUUGAAUUUAACAAAAUGACACAGGAGCUUAAAGAAAUAGGGGAUUCUGUAAAAGAGGUGUUUGAUGGGAUUAGAGAUGAAAAAAGAAAAAUUAAAGGGAAGCCACAAGCCCUGGAGAUUGGAACAAGUGUGAAAUUGGAAAAAGAUUUGGAGUUUAUGGAUGUUAGAAAUAAAGUUUACCGUUUGGAAUUCAAAGUUGUCUCUGAAGAAAUUAAUGAAGAUUUUGGUGGUAAAGUUACCAAUGCCUUGGAUAAUUUUCUGGACUGGAAUGAUGUGAUGGAGUUUGACAUUGAAAAAAUCUAUGGAGUUGGCUAUAGGUAUGUGACAGUGGAAAAACUCUUAAGAGAUGAACCAGUGCAUUUUGUAAAAAAGAAGAACAGAGAUAUGACUUUGCAGCAAUAUUUCAGUAACAUAUUCAGAAUUCUUGACUGGAAUGAUGUGAUGGGGCUUGUCAUAGAAAAAAUCUAUGGAAUUAACUACAAAUAUGUGACAGAGCAGAGAUGUACCCAGAACAGAGAUGUGGCUUUACAACAAUAUUUCAGUAACAUAUUCAGAAUUGAUGGCAAGGACAUAUUUGUGAUGGGGGAAAUUCCCAUCAGACUCUUGUUAUAUGACUAUGGCUAUGACAGCAAGAUCAUCAUAAGAUACUGAUAAUGGAUGAAUGGAUACUGAAACCACUGGACUUAAUAUAAUGGAUGAAUGGAUACUGAAACCACUGGAUUUAACAGGACUAUUGAAGAUGGAAGAUGGAAUUAAUAUUGAAAAUGGAAGAAUGGUUAUGGAAAUUAUUGGACUUAACAGAUUUGACAAGAUGGAUUAAUUGAUAUGUUUAUUUGGACUAUGGUUAUGACAACAAGAUUAUUAUGGGAUACUGAUAAUGGAAGAAUGGCUACUGAAAUUACUGGACUUAACAGGAUUAUUGAAGAUGGAAGAUGGAAUUAAUAUAGAUAAUGGAAGAAUGGCUAUUGAAAUUAUUGGGCCUAACAGAUUUGAAUCAGAUGGAUUAAGCGACAUGUUUAUAUGGAGAAAAAUUGAAAGAUAUAUCUCUCAAGGAAUUGAAACCUCUCUUUGACUUUUUGUAGAAAGAAUAAAAUAAUGUUUAUGAGAUUUGAUGAUUAAUUAAGAUAACUACUGGAGGAAAGUGAUUCUAUAAUAUAAUUUUAGA